AUGUCCAGAGUUGUCGUUACAGGUAUCGGACUUGUCACCCCAUUGGGCGUGGGAACUAGAGUCACAUGGAAAAAUCUUGUUGCAAACCAAUCCGGUUUGGUGUCCACAACUACAUUCGCCGAUUACUCGUCUGGUUGGGAUAAGGUUCCUGCCAAAGUAGUGGGCCAAGUUCCUCAAGGAAGCAUUGACGAGGGGAAAUGGAACGUUGCAGAUCAUUUGGACGCGGGAGAAGCUAGAAGACUUGCUCUAUUCACUCAAUAUGGUCUCGCUGCCACUGCAGAGGCCAUCACUGAUGCAAACUUGGACAAAUACGAAGAUCUUGACAAAAACAGGGUCGGUGUGGCCGUAGGGUCAGGGAUUGGGUCCUUCCCAGAUAUUUAUGAAAAUUCUGUUUCCUUCAGCAAUUCUGGAUACAAGAGAAUCCAGCCUUUGUUCAUCCCAAAGCUUCUUACUAAUAUGGCUGCAGGUAACAUAUCCAUCAAACAUGGAUUCAAAGGUCCACUUCAUUCGGUUUCCACGGCAUGUGCUACUGGCCUAAAUGCUAUAGGAGACGCUUACAAUUUCAUUAAAAACGACUACGCUGACGUGAUGAUCUGUGGAGGUACAGAGGCUUCUCUUCAUCCACUUGCACUUGCAGGUUUUGCACGGGCCAGAUCGGUGGCUACAGACUUUGCAGACAAUCCAACAGCAGCUUCGCGGCCAUUUGAUGCUCAAAGAAACGGGUUUGUUCUCGGAGAAGGUUGUGGAAUUUUAGUGUUGGAGAAAUUGGAGCAUGCUCAGGCUAGAGGUGUCACAAAGUUCUACGGAGAAGUCUCGGGCUAUGGACUUUCUGGAGAUGCUCAUCACAUCACUGCACCAAAGGAGAGUGGAGAGGGAGCGUUUAUGGCGAUGGAAAUGGCGUUGAAGAGAGCCAAGAUCGACCCAGCAGAUGUGGACUACGUCAAUGCUCAUGCUACCUCAACGGUGAUUGGCGAUAGGGCAGAAAAUAACGCUAUCGGACGUCUUUUCGAGAAGAACAAUAAAUUGGCAGUCUCGUCAACGAAAUCGGCCGUGGGUCACUUGCUUGGAGCUGCUGGUGCAGUGGAAGCAGCAUUUACAUUGAAAGCAAUGGAAACCAACGUGGUUCCAGCUACUCUCAACUUGCAGGACAUCGGUGGCCACAAGGACGACAUCAAGGCUAACUUUGAGAAAUUCGACUACGUUCCAAACACCAGUAAGGAAAAGGAGGUCAACUACGCGUUGUGUAACUCGUUCGGAUUCGGAGGAGUUAACAGUUCCGUUGUGUUUAGCAAAAUGUAA